AAUUAAAUCACAUUAUUCUAACAAAAACCAAAAGCCAAAAAAUAUCGCCGAUAAUCGCCCCGACCAAAGCGCAGAGAGCCACACGAAAUCACCCCUCGAGAAUUCUACAUUUCUCAUAAGAGGAGAGAGAAACAACAAACGAGGAGAGAGAAAGCUUCAAAAGCUUCAUCAAUGGCGUCAACAACUGGCAUAGCCUUAUUUCUCUCUCUCAAACCCUUUCAACUCUCUCACCAACACCAACACCAACACCAACACCAAAACCAUCUCCCUUUUCUUUCUUCUUCAUCUUCUCGCCAUUUUCUCUCUCCAACAACCACUCUUUCUUAUCGCCGGAAUCGCAUCAUCGGAUGUCUUAUCUCCGGCGUCGGCGGCGGAGGACUUUCCGAUACGAGGAAAUCGGAAUUUUCUAGAGAGUUCGCUGUUAUUGCCACCAUGUUGAAGCGCAUCGAACCUUUGGAUACUUCCGAUAUUUCCAAAGGUGUUUCUGAAUCUGCUAAGGAUUCUAUGAAACAGACGAUUUCUACUAUGCUUGGACUUUUGCCUUCCGAUCAGUUUUCUGUUUCUGUUAGGGUUUCGAAGGUUCCUCUUCAUCAUCUUCUCGCUUCUUCCAUCAUAACUGGGUAUACGCUGUGGAAUGCAGAAUAUCGCAUAUCAUUGAUGAGAAAUUUUGAGCUGUCUAUGGAUAGUUCGGAAUCACGUAAAUUUGAGGAGGGGAGUGAGGCGUAUGGAUUGGACCGUGAGGAACGAGAGAGUGAAGGUGCAAAUGCAUGUAAUGAUUUAGGCAUCAAUAAUUUUGAGCAGCUUACUUCUUCUAGCUUAAAGGAUUUAUCUCCUGAAGCUUUGAGAUACAUCCAACAGUUGGAAACAGAGUUAAGCUCUGCACAAAAGGAACUAGACGCACAGAGGCAAGAUUCUGUGCAAAUGGAAUCAAGUAAGGGUAACAAUAAUAAUCUGCUGGAGUACCUCAGGUCCUUGGAGUCGUCUAUGGUGUCUGAACUCUCACAGCCUAAUUCAGUAGAGGUAAAGGAAGUAAUCCAUGAAUUAGUUCAAAAUACUAUACAUAGAUUUUUCAAAGAUAGCCCCAUAUCCAAAUCCAUUGAGACUCCGACCAUAGCAAGCAUAAAGAACCACCAAGUUGGUGACAGUGAAGGUUUUGAAAUGAUCACCACUUCCAGGGAUUCGCUUGCAAAACUUUUGUUCUGGUGUAUGCUGUUAGGACAUCACUUGCGAGGCUUGGAAAACAGAUUACACCUUAGCUGCGUUGUUGGAUUAUUGUAAAGAGUACAGAAAUAGCCCUGUAUAUUCAUCCCUUUUUUCUCAUCUCAGAAGAUGCUUGUUGUAUUUUUGCUGGAAAAACUGCAAUACAACCUGACUUUUAUUAUUAUUCGGAUAUUCAAUUAAUCUAAAUGAGCUUACAAAAUAUCCUCUCCAUUAACAAUCA